AUGGCGUCAUCCUUGGCACAGGAAGAUGUAAAUUUUCUGCGAUUAGCUGGUUUGUUGAUAAAGAUCGCACCACGUGCUGUAAGACAAAGGUUUGACUAUGAAUUUAAUCCAAAACAGCUACAACAAUUUCUGUGUAAAAAUCGACGUAAGAUAGAUGACCUAACAAAUAAGAAAAGGGUCAUCACACUGGCACAGUAUGAUUUAUUAUAUCCAAGAGGUUCGUCAGGAGUAUCAUCAGACAAGUUUGAUGUAUCAUUGAUGGUAUGCUUACUCAGACAUUUCACAGAUCUUGACAUCCAAGAUAGACUUCCACUGGAAACGAUUUAUACAACAGCUGCAGAUAUUUCUAGGAUAAAAUUUUACAGGAACUACAUUGUUCAUUCAGACAGCGGGGAAGUUUCUGAACACACUUUUUCAGAAAUAAGGAACUGUGUAGUCGAGGCCAUACUAAGACUAGUACCGGACUUAAAGUCAGAGAUUGAUGCAAUGAUGGUUUCCCCAUUAACUAAUGAUAUAAUAGAUUUGAUACGACUUGAGAAACAGAUGGAAAACACCAAUCAACAUCUCCGUACCGUCAGCCAGAAAAUGGAGACAUUAGAAAUAGAAAAUAAUAAUAUAAAAGGUAUUUCUGAUUCAUUGUAG